AUUAUUUUCCAGGAGAUCGGAGUCUGUACUAUAUCAUAUCACUACUACCAGAUACGACCCAUAGACCACCUCACCGGUACUGCAAGAAACCACUCACACACCAUCUGAACUAGAGACAUACAAUUGAUAAUUGGUCCAUUCACUUAUCAAUAGCAAGAACAUCGCACAGGUUCCACAACCUUCACUCCUCAAGUCUGCACAAUGGAACUCAUCUGUCAGCUCCACUCCCAUAUCACCUCGUCCACCAGUGAUCAUAAAACCAUCCAGCUAAUUCCAGGCGACCAGGUGGAGAUAGUGGCGGCCCACGACAACGGAAACCUCGAGAUUGGUCUCACCAAGAAGACCUACUUGGCUCUCUUCAAACAAUGCCACCUGUACUGGCACUCCAAAGACUCCAGAUCGCCCACGCUAGACACCUACCUCAUGACCCUUGGUUACAUGGUCACCACCAACGAGAAUACAACCAUAAUUGCGCUCCACGAUACAGUCACUGCCCAGCUCUACCAAGAGCAUGGUGAGGAGUUUCUUCUCCGAGAAAUCGAUAUCAUAAGUACCUAUCUUAGCAGCCGGUUGAAGAAAAUCAACAAGAGUUCCUCCUUGUGGUCCUUGAUGAAGAGGUACACCGUGUUGAUAGCAGAAAAGUAUCCCGAUGUGUUGAAGACGGUGGUUUUGCGAGCAUGGCAGAGUUGCCAAGUACAUUUCGCCAACUACUACGCUGCCAACUAUCUAAAGUGGUGCUUCCAGGUGGGAAUCUUACAUCGGGAGGCUCUCGAGACCCUCCAGCAGCUUUGUCACAAAAACUUGCGAGACGUGUCGCUUUGGAACCUACAGUAUGAGGCGUUGUUGAGUGUUGGAGGACUUAGAUCACAGUAUAGCAUCAAUGAGCACAACCGGCUCGCAAAGGACUCGAAAUACUGGAGCGUACAACCUAGGACUCCUAUACUUGCCAUUGAUGACCCCGAGUGGGUGCGUUCCGAAAUCAUCCGCCAGUUUGAGUGGCUCUUGCAGAUAGAAUGCUCAAUUCGUACACCAUAUGUUACCUUGAUAAAUGCUGAAGAAAGAAUAGGUGGCGAAGCAGAUGGUCUACUCGACUUGGCUUCCAACAAGUCCAGCUCCGUGAGGAAAGAGAUUGGAAGCACCAACGGGUCUGAAGGAAGCGUCACCGUAAAACGGAUGGAAUUCUGUCAAGUGUUGGAAACGCUCUGGCAUUUGGAAGCUAAAGGCCGCUAAUUAGGUUUAUCAUGCAACACUGGACCAGAAAAACCAUGCUAUCGGAGAACGCUCACUAUUUCCCAUGGCAUUCAUAGACCGUUACAUAACUAUAUACCUAUUUUUUGCAUCUAUUCGAUAGAAUUAUCAUGGAACACAAUCUUACGGAUAUCCCAUCUCCAUACACUGCUGAUCAUGUUUAUACUGAUCUGAUAUGGGCAUGGCGUUGUAGCGCAGUUCACGAUCUGUCACGC